AUGGCACUGGCGUCUGGCAUCUAUCUACCCAAGGCUAGCCAAGGCCCAAGGACGAAGCAAGGCACCCCACCCAAGCUCAAGGCACGUCAACGCGUCAACCGGCGUGACAGUCAACACUCAAGCUUGUCAUUCAAUAUUCAACUGCCAUUGCCGGCUCACCUGUUCUCAGUCUCCAAGCAGGCUGUUCGAUUCCACUCGAACCACAAAGCUCAGGUACAUUGUGACUCCCGUCGGGACAGGCCGAACUUGAAAGUUCAAGGUGACAGCCGUUCAACUUACAACUAUGCAAGUCAACAAUACCACAAGUCAAAACUCAUAUCUGAAUCCUACAUCUGCAGGUCCUCGCCGUAUAUUUUUAUCUCCGUUGUCGGAAAUGGAGUCAGUGGGAAUGAUGACGUCGUCGUAGUGGGAAACACACCAUGUUCUAUUCAUAGCAUCACUGCUCUCGCGGCAGAACCCUAG